GAGCCACUGCGCAUAUAUAUUACGGAAGAUUCAGAAACACGACAGUGAAGCCGGGUCAAUCCAUUACUGUGAAUGAGCAUUGACCAAUAGAAAAGGAAGAAGAAGAUCCAAGAAGGCUGAGCCAACUUCAGACCCAGACAGAAGACUCAACAGUAUAUUCCUGGAAGGCAAGGUACUAUAAUGGCAACCACAAUCUGUUUCUUCAUUGGGGUGUUAUUCAUAACAGAUACUGUAUGGACUCAAAGUGUGAGGCAGGGUUAUGAGGUAAAUGAUCCAGAUUAUUGGGCUAUGCAUGACUUCGAUUGUCCCAGGGAAUGCUUCUGUCCUCCUAGUUUCCCUACUGCUUUGUAUUGUGAAAAUCGAGGUCUGAAAGAAAUCCCUGCUAUACCUUCAAGGAUCUGGUAUCUUUAUCUUGAAAAUAACUUGAUAGAAACAAUUCCUGAGAAGCCAUUUGAGAAUGCCACCCAGCUGAGAUGGAUAAAUCUAAACAAGAACAAAAUAACCAACUAUGGAAUUGAAAAAGGAGCCUUAAGUCAGCUGAAGAAGCUGCUUUUCUUAUUUCUAGAAGAUAAUGAGCUAGAGGAGGUGCCUUCUCCAUUGCCAAGAAGUUUAGAACAAUUACAAUUAGCUAGAAACAAGGUUUCCAGAAUUCCUCAAGGGACCUUCAGCAAUCUGGAGAACCUGACCCUUCUUGAUCUACAGCACAAUAAACUAUUAGACAAUGCCUUUCAAAGAGAUACCUUCAAAGGACUCAAGAACCUCAUGCAACUAAAUAUGGCUAAGAAUGCCCUGAGGAAUAUGCCACCAAGAUUACCAGCCAAUACAAUGCAAUUGUUUUUAGACAACAAUUCCAUUGAAGGAAUACCAGAAAAUUAUUUUAAUGUGAUUCCUAAAGUGGCCUUCUUGAGACUAAACCACAAUAAAUUAUCAGAUGCAGGUCUCCCAUCAAAUGGUUUUGAUGUAUCAUCAAUUCUAGAUCUUCAACUAUCUCACAAUCAGCUCACCAAGGUUCCCAGAAUCAGUGCUCAUCUACAACACCUUCACCUUGAUCACAACAGAAUUAGAAGUGUGAACGUCUCUGUAAUAUGCCCUAACCCUACCACCCUGCCUGAAGAACGAGAUUCUUUCAGUUAUGGACCUCAUCUUCGCUACCUCCGUCUGGAUGGAAAUGAAAUCAAACCACCAAUACCAAUGGAUUUAAUGAACUGCUUCAAGCUUCUUCAGGCUGUCAUUAUUUAAACACAUCCUUAUCAAGUCUAAAAUUGACUUAAUGAGCUAAUGUUUCUAAUAUAAAAAUUAACCCAAAUUAAUUGAAAUCAAUUUAACCAUAUGUAGGUUUAUGACUAAUGUUACAUUUCCAAUUGCUCUUGACUACAAUUUUUAUUUGUGCAGCUUAUUAAUUUUUUUGUAUUCAAAGAUGCUUUUGCCAAUGACAUGCAGCUCAGAAGGUAUUAAUUUGCCUUUCUUCAAUUAAUAAAUCAGACACAGAGUUAAGAUACUUUAUCAACUCAAAGAUAGUUCUUUUUGUCUCUUUUACAGCUUCUUAUUUGAUACCAAAUAAGGCAAUUACAUUGUUAUACAAUAGAAAGGACAUAUUGUGCAUGUUUAAAAUUACUUAUGUAGAUACUAUAUUUACAGUAUAAAUUCAGUAAUCAAACAGGAGGUAGGAAGAUCUGGAAAAAAUGAAACAAUGAGAUGUUUCUUCAUUGUAACUACAAUGAAAUAUAUACAGAUUGCCAAGUAGCUUUUGGAGGUCCAAGUUCGAUAUGUAGCUCAAGAAUCAAAUUCUUAAAAACAGAAGAGUUCUAUUCAUUUAAUAGCAACUAAAGAAGCCACAAUCAUUUUCAGUUUGCUACAGUUUCUGGUAGUUCUUCUUAGAUGUAUUACACUUUAUUCUAACAAUUAAAUAAGUCCUAAAUUUU